AUGGAGCUGAAAAUGUUGAUCCUUUUGGCUCUUUUGGGGGGAGUUUUGUCAGCACCGUUUGUCAAGGAAGAUGAAGCCAAGACAUUUAUCCGUCAGAAAAGACAGACAGGUAACUGGGAUCCAAACAGCCCUCAAAACGUCUGGGGAUACACCAUUCAGGAGCAGGCCAAUGAGUACUGGACAGUACUCCGCACUAACGCACAGUACUACAUGGACAUGGGGAGACUGAUGUUUGACCCUUCUGUGGCUGAUGAAAACAACCGUAUGUACAUGGAAAUGCUGCGUAAUGCAGGAGCUCACUUGGACAGUCACACGACACACGGAUAAGAGCCACAUCCUGACGCACACUGAGCCGUGACAUCAC